AUGGCGCUAAUCAUCCAUGUUACUCAGCCCUCUGCUACGAUCUUGCUGACUCGCUCGCGCGAGACUCGGACCUCGAAGCUCUCACUGCUCACAGCACCAGUGGAGUACAUAGCGCAGAGCAUGCGCAAGAGUAUUGCUGACGGAGCGAAGGAGGCGGGGGGUGAUGAGCAAGAAAGCUCGAAGCGGUGGAGUAAGCUGAAGCAGGCGCUCAAGGAGUUCAGGAUGACGGUGGAGGCAGAGGAUAACUCUCCUCCCUGCCAACCAUCUAAGCCUGGCUGUGCGCCUUGUCCACACUGCCCUCCUUCCCCGGCUGCCCCCGUGCCCACGUUCAAGCGCGAGGUGAACAUGCUGGGGUUCGGUAAGAUGGAGCCUGGGAAGCCACAAGCGCCUCGCAAGGACUUGGUGACAGAAGGAGAGCUGGACCAGAGGCUGAAAUGGCUCGAGCACACGAUAGCGAGCAUGUCGGAGGAGGUCGCGACAGUGAAGGCGGAUCAAGGGCCACCUGGACCACCCGGGAUGGCACGCCAGGACACGACGGGAAAGAUGGGGAGCAAGGGGAGCAAGGGGAGCAAGGGGAGCGAGGCCUUGAAGGCGCUGAUGGGGAGCCUGGAGUUCCAGAUCUUCGCGGCAAGGGAAGGGGAGCGGUUGGGCUCAUCUGUUCCGAACCUUGCUUCUCUGCAAUUCGUUGGCAGCGCGAUCGUGAGAUUCGUUGAUAUGUCAGACGUUUCGAAGUUCCGCAAGUUCGUGGAGGACACGCCGAGCUCCGACUUCGUUUAUCGCUUCAGCGGCCACGUGAAGGUUGAGCAGGCGGGCAAGUACACCUUCUGCUCGACCUCCGACCUCUUGUCUCGCGUGUUCGUCGACUUCGAGCUCCUCGUCGAGAACAAGCAGGCGGACGAGAAGUCCUGCGGGGACGUUGAGCUGGAGCAGGGGUUGCAUGCUGUGAUGGUCGACGGGGUUCACGGGGAUGGAGAGGGAGGUGUCGUCUUGACCUACAGGGGACGCGACACAGACUAUGAGGAGGAGAGCGUCAGAAGCGUUGACUCGCGGGGGCCUCCUCCCCCCCCUCACUCGAGAUUCCUCCUCAGAGUCUUCGCUUCCAACAAGGACCUUGAUAAGUUUCCUGACCUGCGCGAUGUCUCGUUGCUCGGGCACUCCAUCGUGCCUUCCCUCUCGUUCGACGAGGAGGCGAACAGCAUGGCACAGUUCAUCCCCGACCCUCCCACACGCAACGUCGCAUGGCAGGCUUUCGGGAGAUUCUCGAUCUACAAGAGCGGCCAGUACAAGUUUUGUUCCCUCUCCAGUGACGGUUCGCUGCUCUACAUCGACUCUGAGCUGCUCAUUCAUGACGACCGCGUUCAAUCGCCCACCAAGACUUGCCGAUCCCUCACGCUUGCCCGCGGCCUCCACGAUGUGCACGUGGACGGCUUCAAGCACGAGGGUGAGCCAAUCUUCCGCCUCUCCUAUGAGGGCCCGGACACGGGAGGCCUGCCGGCCGAUCUCAACAGCGUCGCUCCUCGGGCCCCUCAGCUUCCUCGCCCAUCGCAGUGGCUCAUCCGCGCGUACCGUAGCAGCCAACUGCUGCAGGUGCCCAGCUCGACAGCUGGACUGGAGCUGGUGGGGGAAGCUGUAGUCCACAGCAUCGACUUCAAGGGCACUCAAGGCUUGGUGGAGGAUCUUCCGGCUCUGCCCCAGAGCGAGUUCGUGCUAGAGGCUUUCGGAAGGAUGGAGGUUGGCCGUCCUGGCGCCUACAGCCUCUGCCUGACAUCGAAGGACGGGUCAGUCAUGGAACUCGAUGGGAGGAGCUUCAUCCACAAUGACGGACGACAUGCGGCUAAGCGAGUCUGUAACGAGGCCGUGCUGCGAUCCGGCACCCACCUUGUCAAGAUUGUUUCCUUCCUCAGCGGCGGAACGUUUCAGCUCCUCGCGACGUACAAGGGCCCAGACACAGAGGAUGAGGAGGAAGUGAUUGACAGCGACGAGGCGAUGGCGUUCUGA